AUGCUGCAGUGCCAGCACACCUUCUGCCUGGAGUGCCUGGCGCGCAUCAACGUCAAGUCGGCCGCGCCCGAGGCCAUCCAGUGCCCGCUGUGCCGCGGCCUCACGGCGCUGCCGGCCCUCGGCCUGCCGAGACUCGCCACCAACUCGGACAUGCUGUCGUACCUGCCGGCCGCCAUGCAGCGAGUCUACAGCGUCCGCUUCCUGCGCAACAAGGGCAAGCUGCAGGUCAAAAGGUCAUCUGAAGGUCACCGGCGGUGGGGUCGGAGCUCUCUGGACGUGGGGCUUCCCAGCCCGCCUGCCGUGGCCCGCGACGCGGGGGUCGGGCUGGGCGACGGCCUGUUCCUCCUGAUGGCGCGGCCCGGCUGCCGCGUCUUCCUCCAGACCUCCGUGGUGGUGAUGAUGCUGCUGCUGUCGGGCAUCGUCGUCUUCCUCUUCAUCUACAAUUAUGCCUGAGCCACAAACGUUCCACCACGCGGAUGCAGUUGAUGAGCAACAGCUGCACUAGUGCUGGUUGGAGGACGAUCCAGAUGUUCACCUGACACUUUAAUCACUUUCAUCUUCAGAUGCUCAACCAGGAAAAUGGAUAUGGCCCAAAACUCUGUUUUUUGUUCUUCUUGACUGUAAACCAGGAGGUUGAUGGAGGGUUUAUUCUACCAGACGAGCUCAAAGGCUCUGGUGGCUGAAACUUGACUAGUUUCUUUUUGGCACAUGAAUCCGUAUUAAAACAUCUACGGACCUAAAAUAUGAAUACUAUCUCUAAACGCUCUGUUUACUGCACUUUGAAGAGAGAAGCCUUGUUUACUUCCUGCUCGUCAACGGGCUGUGAAACAGGGAAGCGUGGACGACUCUCACCCCCCGGAGAGAGAAUAGUUCUGUUUUUAUGUCAUAUUUCCUCACUAGUCUGUAAAGACAUGUAGCACUUGAUGUUUUAUUGGUGGAGGCAGAAGUGUGAUCAUAACGACAUCCAGGACGUUUCCUUUUUAAAAAGCAGAGGCCGUGUUUUUUAAAUGUAACAAUCUACGGUUCAGUGACGCAGUCCAACAAACACUUUGA